UCAAUAUUGCCAUGAAAAAUUCAUUAAAUCCUUCUUCCCACGCACACCUUUUAAGGCAUAUUCACUCCUUGACAAAUCAAUACAUCUAUCACAACAAGAUCUUGCAAUUUUUGCGAUUACUCUUUCCUUUGUCAAAUCCCAAAUCCCGUUCUUCCUGAAUCCUGAUUCCGUAUUGCAUUGUGUCCUUCACCGUCUCUACUCUACUCUCUCUCUCUCUACUCUUCUCUCUCUCACUUUACCCUAAAAAGAGCCACUCAUUUUCUUCAUAAGCACCUCUCAAGCAGCAGUCUUUUCAGCCCAGGCUUUAAGACAGAGAGACAGAGAGAGUGAGAGAGACCAGAGAGGAGAAGAGAGGGGUCUGAAAUAGUCCUAUUGGGUUCUCUUCAUUUUGGGGUUUUGGCCUUGCAUCAUAUCCAUUGUUCUUUCUUCCCCUGUUGAUUCUUUAUUUGAUUACAAGGUUCAAUCUUUAUCAUCUGUAUGCACUCUCAUGAACACAGACUAAAUAUACAGAUAAAACCCAACUCAAAGAUCGAGUCUUUUUGUGUUUUGGUUUCAUAGUGAAGAGAUUUUCUUAAUCCCAAGUGAGGGAGAGAAAGAAAGAGAGAGUUUUUUUGUGUCCCUUUUGUUCUUGUUGCAAUGGCACCCAGUUUUGACUGUGCAGUUUCAAGCCUGCUUUGCGCAGAAGACAACCUUUUUUAUGACAAUGAUUUUGGGUCUUUGAGGGUUGAGGUUGAGUCUGAGGAGGUUACUUGGAAUCGUCACAGAAACAAUAAUCAAAACCGGGGCUUUGAUAAUGAUGAAGAAGAUGGGCUGCCAUUGCAGAGUAGUGAUGAGUAUUUGGCUUCUAUUAUUGAAAAGGAAUCACACCACUUGCCUCGUGUUGAUUACUUGAAGAGAUUGCAAAGUGGGGAUUUGGACCUUGGGGCUAGAAAUGAGGCUGUUGAUUGGAUUCAAAAGGCAAAUUCCCAUUUCAGCUUUGGACCUCUGUGUCAAUAUCUAUCUGUAAGCUACUUGGAUCGCUUCCUUUCGGCCUAUGAAAUACCUAAUGGCAAAGCUUGGACUAUGCAAUUGUUGGCUGUGGCAUGUUUGUCCCUCGCAGCCAAAAUGGACGAGAUUGAUGUCCCACUCUCUCUUGAUUUACAGGUGGCCGAGUCAAAAUAUGUAUUUGAGGCUAGAACUAUUCAAAGAAUGGAGCUACUGGUCUUGAGCACAUUGAGAUGGAGAAUGCAAGCAGUUACUCCAAUCUCAUUCAUAGAUUCCUUCCUAGUCAAGCUCAAUGAGGACAAAAUCCCACUUAAAGCUUCAAUCUUUAGAGCAGUUCAACUCAUAUUGAGCACAACCAAGGGAAUUGACUUCUUGGAAUUUAAACCAUCAGAGGUUGCAGCAGCAGUGGCAAUAUCUGUAGCAGGAGAAAGCAAAGCAUUAGAUGACACUGAGAAAGCAAUCUCUGUGCUCAUCCAACAUGUCGACUUAGAAAAGGAGAGAGUGGUAAAGUGUGUAAAUGUGAUUCAAGAUGCUGGAUUAAUGAGUGGGGCCUUCAAGAAUGGUAGUGGUUCAGUGCAGUCUGUGCCACAAAGCCCCAUUGGGGUGUUGGAUGUUGCAUGCUUCAGCUAUAAAAGUGAUGAUCACACCACAGUUGGGUCAUGUGCAAAUUCUUUUCAUAAUGGCUCAGACACCAAAAGAAGGAAGCUAAACAGACCCUAUGAAGUGGAGUUAUAGAAGCAGCCAAACUAUGGGGUUUAGGGUUUCCAUUAAGUAGAUUGUUGUUGUUGUUGUGUUGAUGAGGAGAUUGGUCAAAGAGGAAGGGAAAAAAAAAACAUAGACAGUGCCGAAAUCAAAAAUGGGGGUGAACUGAGAACAAAAGAUGAGAGAGGAAGGAAUUGAGUAAGUUAGGUCAUGGGCUGAGGAUGGAAAAUGGAAUCAAUAUGUCUCAUGCUUUUGGGAUGAAGAAGAACCUCUCCAGCUGUUAAAUAUUAGACUUCUUAACAGCAAGAGACUGUGAGUAGGGAAAAAGGAGGGGAAGGAAGAAGAAAAAAGUUUAUAAGCUGGUGCUGUUUGUGAGAGAUAUAGUUUGUUUUUAUGUUUUGGGAGUUUUAUUGGUUUAGGAAAAGAGAAAAUAUGGAACAUUGAAAAAAGUAUUUAUAUGAUUGCAGGAAUUUAAAUAAUUCUUA